CCAACUCAACCAACUCUAAUUUGCUUUGAUUAACCACAAAACCAAAGCUACCAAAAACAAACAGAGAGGUAGUUCCUUAUUCUCUUUCUGCGAAGUUGCCUUAAUAGACGACGGUGAAAGGGCCAGCAGGCAUCUGGACCAAUUAGCUCCAAAGCGAGACAAAAGAUAGAGAUUGGCUCCCCCUCACUUCCCACCUAUGAAAUGAGUAAUAAAUAAUUUUGAAGUAGUGGGGUCCGUUAUGUAACCUAUACUGCAAGUCCAGCCGCAUAUAUUUUUCCAUCCAUUACAGCUUCUAAACUCUCCCGGGUGCAACCUUUGCUUUUCUUCAAAUUGAAAUGAUAAUGCUAGAUUUAGUCACUGGUUAAUUUCUUAUCAUCAUCUGCACUUUUCUAGUCUCACCGCAAAGCUUUCUUUCAAAUGCCAGGAACCAUCCAAGUUUCAGUUCUGGAUUUCAAGGGUCCCCACUCAUCAUCACCAUCUUCAGAAAUAUCAGUAAAAGUUUCCAUGGGAAAAAGAGAGUAUCAGACUUGGGACAAGGGCGAAUUCUCAUUUCCGUUGACAACCCUUCGUGACAAUUUGAUUAUAACACUUCAAGAUGCUGAGGGAAAUGAGAUUUCUCAUACAGGGGUUGAGACCAGAUUGGUGGUUGAGAAAGGUGUUUGGGAUGACAUAUUUUCCCUUGAAGGAGGCGGGCAUGUCCAUAUGAAGUUACAGUUUGUCCUCAGUGAAGAGGAGCGCCAGAGAAUCCGGAUAAUGAGAGAAUCUGCAGUGAAGAAGAAACGUGAUGAGCUUUGCAAUAGUGGUCAUGGAAGUCCCAAAAGCGCUUCUGUUGGUUAUAAUGAAGUUUCAGGUUCACAAGAAAGUUUUUUCCAAAAUGGAUUGCUAGCUAAUGAAGCCAGCCUAGUGUCAGUUCCUUUGGCUAAGUUCUAUAGUGACCGCAGAGACAGAAGUUAUUCUAUUCAGAAGCAAAAGAGCACAAAUGACAGAGAUGAAAAUGAAGGAAAUACAUCAGCCAAGUCCAUGUCAGAAGCAGUCAAUGUCGAUCUAACUGAAUUAUAUCACCAGGAUUCAGUUCCUUCGGAACUAGAGAAGGCUAAUAACUCCAAGAAGCAGGGACCAGCAGGGAAAGCCCAUAGCAAUAUAAGGAAAAUGAUAACUGCGUUUGAGGAUAGUCUGAAUCAGGUAUAUCGACCUUGUUGCUUGAAAUUCUCCAAUUGUUAUUGUGAUUUAGGCACAUUAUUAAGAUUAAUGGAACUUGAUCUGUGUCAGGAUGUUAAACCUUCUAUUAAACCACCACCUCAGAUAAAAAAUAUUGGAAUGGACUCUUUUCUAGCAAAUUCACAUCUUAAUGAAGUUGAGACAGAUAAGAUCAUACCAUCAAAGGUAACUUUGGGAAGGAUCAAUACCAAGGAAUUUGAGCAAACCAAAAUAAGUAUUAGGGAAAAAGUACAAACAAUUGGUUUUGUCAACCCUAUAUAUGGGGCUGCAUCAUCUAAGGAAACUGAGCAGUGGAAGGAGUCAACAGUAGCAUGUAUUCAAACAGAAAGAAAAAUUUUAGAUUUGAAAAAUAGAUUCAAAGUUAAACAGAAAGAAAGUGAUGAGAAGGAAGAGAAGAAAUAUUCGGAAGAUUUCAGGAGAGCAUCGACAAUAGAGAAAGCUGCAUUCUCCCACAGAAUGCUUGACAAGCAUCCAAAAGGCAACCAGUCUUGGAACUUGUUUUCCAAAAGGCAACAUUCUAGAACAAGUUUAGUAACAAAGGAGAGUGGAGACAAAAUUUUCCAAAGGGAUACACGAGAAGCUGAAAGAACUUCAAAUGAAAAACUGAAAACAAUGGCUAUUUUUUGUGGUGACCAUUGUUCCUUUGGAAGCUCUGAUCUCUGGAUAUUUCCAGGUGAAGCAAAAUGUUUAUGCAUAACAACUGGUGGCAAACAAAUAAUGGAUCUUAUGGGAGGUUUCUGGGAUGAAACAAAUACCCACCAGAGAAAGUUGAGUGCUCGUGAUCCAAAAAAUCCAGGAGAGGUUAAUACCGAUGCUGGCACCGCUAUUAAGGCGAAUGAAGAUGGGCAGACUUCUAAAAAGUUAAGACCAAAGGUUGAGAAUUCCAUGGAUCCUGAAGACUCCAUAGGACCUGUUGGACAGGUGAUUAGAGUCGUAAUCAUGGUGGGCUUUGCAACACUGGUUCUCAUAACAAGAAAAAGGAGGUAUCCAUGUCUUUGUUGUUGAAUUUCAUUCUAUUUACCAGCAUUUCCAUAUCCUUGGGUAAAAAUGCGAGCCUAUAACUCAAAAUAAACAUAGUUGUUCUGUAUAAGCUGAUGUAUAUUGCCCGUUUCAUAACCUUGCAGAUAAAGUUGAUCAGCUGCUGAGAAAUCUAUGCCAUUACCCAACAGUUUGUAAUUAUGGGAUCGUAUACUUAGGCAAGAUUUUUGUUCAUUUUUUCUUCUUUAUAUUGACUUAAUCCUUUUCUAGUAGUACAUAUGUAAAGGAACAUGUUCCAGUCAUUGACGUAAA